UCUCCUUUCUGUCUGCCAGCCGGAAGCUAAAAUGUUGGCCGUCCUGUCUGUGUUUCUCUUAUACAUUUUCAGUCCGGUGUGCUGCGUUUUUCAGAAACUUUACUGCACCAUAUCAGACAGCUGCGACUGUGAUUUUAAGCCGAACAUCAGAGACUUGGAGUGGGACCUCUACAAGAAUGUCUUCGGUCAACAUCUGGUUCAGGACGUUGUGUCAGAGGAAGUGGCAAAGUUCCUUCAGAAUAAAAGCCCAGAGAAGCCCUUGGUGCUGUCUUUCCACGGUUCCUCCGGGACGGGAAAGACUCUGGUUAGUUCCAUGCUGGGAAACCAUCUGUACGGCUCGGCUAUGAGCAGCCCGUUUGUCCACCAGUUUGUCCCCACGCUUCACUUCCCCUCACCGAAGCGGGUCAACCGAUACAGGAAGGAGUUGCAGAGCUGGGUGCAGGGAAACCUGACGGAGUGCGCUCGCUCCGUCUUCAUCUUCGACGAGAUGGAGAAGAUGCCUCCGGGCAUCAUCGACGUCUUGGAGCCCUUCUUGGGUUCCUCCCACGUUGUGUUCCGCACCAACUACCGCAAGGCCAUCUACAUCUUUAUAAGCACCACAGGAGAGGGGGUCAUAAACAAAGUGGCUCUGGAGAACCGACAGGCCGGACGGGAGAGAGAUGAGAUUAAGUUGGCUGAUCUGGAGGACGCCAUCGCACAGGCUGUUUACAACGACAGCACAAGUGGAUUCUUUGAGUCCAGCAUCAUCAAGCAGAAGCUCAUCACCCACUUUGUUCCCUUCCUGCCUCUGACCCGGAGCCACGUGGAGCGCUGCGCGCGCUCGCAGCUCUGCCAGCGAGGCAGCUGCGGCCGCAGCGACGUGGUGGAGGCGGUGGGGCGUAACGUGCUCUACUCGCCUGUUCAGGAACGGUACUUCUCCACCACCGGCUGCAAGGCCGUCUCUGCCAAAAUCAACUUCUUCCUCUGAGCCCGAGCAGGACCGCGUUUUUGAGACUUCACGAAGAGACGUGGCUGCAAAACGGUGCGUCCUGCUGGGAGGUAAACCUGUGGCUCAGGAGUCACCGCCGGGGAACGCCCCCUGACAAGGGUUAGCGAAUGGAGGAAACUGCCGAGUGACUUCUCUGGAUUUAAAGAGGAACGAUUCAGAGGAAAACAUGAACUGAUAACCCUCUGAUCCAGACGGACAGAGGCACUGUCAGCUGUAGUUUUAAACUGGAAACUGUACGAUGAGGUUCGCUGGACGCCAUCAGGUAUUGGAAUUUAACGUCAUUCAUCUUUAUUUAUUUAUUUUUACCUUUGCCUUCAGACACCUCAGGAAUGUCCAUAAAAUGUUUGAUCCAGAGAGCCGACAGAGGAGGUCUUGGAUCUUAAUCAGGACGACGUCCCGAGCCGACAUGGAUAUAUUUUUCUGUCUGUCGUUCAUCAUGUCACUUGCACUUCUGCAUCAGAGCUAUGAGACUUACCGUAUUUAUUCGUGUAUGAUACGAUCUCAUUUAUAAUACGACCCCCCCUUUUUUGAGCUUAA